UUAUUACUGUAUUUUGUUAUUAUUAUUAACAAAAAUUACAUCUGGAAAGUUGCUGAGCGAAAUAUGCUGCUUUGUGAGGUUUGACGCGUAAAAUUGUCAUAUUUGAGAAAACGCCUGUACGUCAACGUCUAAUCAUUGUCGUCUAUGUAUAGAGGGCUUGUAUUGAUUAUUGUUUCCAUGCAACGCAGAUGCUGUUGGUGCAGCAAUUAAUGAUGUUUAAAUGUUCCUAAAUAAAUAUAAAAAAAGCUGUAUUCAUAAUUCUAGAUAAAACAGAAAAAAAAACAAUGUCUCGUGCCCAGGCUGAAAGUGUCAUUAAAAACAUAAUUCGUGAAAUAGCUCAAGAAUGCGCCAGCAAAGGCCAAGCAGUGUCUGAAACACUGGUAGCCUUCAUGGUUAAAGCAGUCGUGUUAGACCCAUCCAAUGAAUUCAAUGUUGACAGGACACUAACCAAAGAUGAUGUUCAAAAACUUAUUAAGCUAUGUGUUGAGCGACUUCUGGACACUCGAUCUCCAUCUCUGGACACUGUCAAGAUGCAAGUUUACUUUGAUAUGAAUUAUACAACCAGAGGGGACUUCCUCGAAGAGCAUCGUCGUGUUCUUGAGCAGCGACUGUUGCCAGUGAUUCGUGAGAUCACUGACAGCCGUGCAAGAACUAGAGAGGAGUUGGAAGGCUUGUAUCGGAAGAUAGUAUCUGCCGUCUUGCUGCGUUCUGGCCUUGGCUCACCCACAGAUAUAGCAGUGGUUAGGGAAGCUACAGCUGCCCUCCAAAGUAUCUUUCCACAAACUGAACUUGGUACCUUUAUGUCGUUGACUAAGCGUGACAAAGAACGACAGCUGGUUGAACUUACCAACAUAGUGACUGGCAUCAGGCUCUUCAACAAGGAAUGUGGGAAGGGAGGAGAAGGAAUUGAUGAUUUACCUGCUAUAUUAAAUGAAGCGAUACCAGCAACAACACACAAUGUAGAUGCCGCCACACAAAGAACGUGCCAAUCUGCUUUUAAAUAUACUGCUCUGAUUGAGCAUAUGAUGGCUACAGAUGUGCAGGAUGGUCCUUCAUUGCAACUGUUGCGAGAGUCCAUGAUUAAUGCCAGACAACACGAAGCCUUCCUUCGAAUUAUCCUGAAUGAUGUUAUAAGUUGUGCCCAGCAGGUGGAGAUGUUUGAGUCACAGCUUGCCUCCAGGAUGGAGCAGCUGCAGGCCACGGUGCAGUCCAAGACAGCUGUUCCAACUGCUCAAGUCUAUCCACAGUUUAUCAAUCUCUCUCACCUGUGGAGUUGUUUUCAAGAUGAGAUGGUCCUGCUGAGUGUACUAAGUAACAUUCUGGCUAGUCUUGAGCCAUUUACAAAGGGUCAUCGGGAAGUCUUUACAGAUGAGAUGCUCGCUCCAUUUCUCACUGAGAUUGAUGUGUUGACAGAUGAAGAUAGAGUGAAAAUGUCUGAAGGCUCAGAAAAUCGAGUGAACCCAUCAGAACUGAACAAUGUGGAGUGGUUGUUUCCAGAAACUACCAAAAAUUUUGAACGUUUGGUAUUGCAGUACAAGGGCUAUUGUGGAUGGUCUCUUGUGCAAAAGAAUGUACUCCUUAUCCCAGGCAACCCAGACAUUGGUGUGAUGAGGUACCAGAACAGACACUACGUGUUCUCAUCAAAGCAGGCAGCCUACGAAUUCGCCAACGAUCCAGACACGUAUAUCAUGAUGGUGGCAGAGUGCGCUAAGAAAGCUCCUGAACUCAUCCAGCUUCUGGAACUCCAUGCUCAGUUUGCUACAAUAACACCAUAUUCACAGGGAAAAGAUCAAGGCAAAAUGAUUGAGAAGCCAAUUACUAAAUGUGAUGCUGGUAUCCAGACGGAAGUUCAUCCAAUUGAAUCAAACAUCGUCAAGUCUUACGAAUGGAAUGAGUGGGAGUUAAGGAGAAAAGCUAUCAAACUGGCAAACUUACGGAAUAAGGUGACUCACUCAGUUCAGACAAACCUUAGCAACUUACGGCGGGACAAUGUGUCGCAGGUCUACCUACCAAAGGAUACUGGAUCUCAGACAAAGCAAAGCAGCGGCACAAAUGUUCCACGCCCUCAGACGUUCCUUGCUGGUCUUCGCGGAGGAAUGCGUAAAACAACCGUUAUGACCAAAGUUGACCUAACACAAGAUGUUGACCAGACUUAG